AUGGACGAGUACCUCUACCACUCGCUCCUCCUCUCCGUGGCCGCCGUCGCGCUGCUGCAGCUCGUGAAGCUGACCCUGCGGCCGAGGGCGCCGCGGCUGCCGCCGGGGCCGUGGAUGCUGCCGGUGAUCGGCAGCAUGCACCACCUCGUCAACGUGCUGCCGCACCGCGCGCUGCGGGACCUGGCCGCCGCGCACGGGCCCCUCAUGAUGCUGCGGCUCGGGGGGACGCCGCUCGUGGUGGCGUCGUCCAAGGAGACGGCGCGCGCGGUGCUCAAGACCCACGACACCAACUUCGCCACGCGCCCCAAGCUGCUCGCCGGCGAGAUCGUCGGCUACGACUGGGCCGACAUCCUCUUCUCGCCCUCCGGCGACUACUGGCGCAAGCUCCGCCAGCUCUGCGCCGCCGAGAUCCUCAGCCCCAAGCGCGUGCUAUCCUUCCGCCACAUCAGGGAGGACGAGGUGGCGCUAAAGCUCGAGGAGAUCCGCGCGGCGGGGCCGUCGGCGCCGGUGAACCUGAGCGUGAUGUUCCACAGCCUCACCAACAGCAUCGUGUCGCGGGCGGCGUUCGGCAAGAAGCGGAGGAACGCGGCGGAGUUCAUGGCGGCCAUCAAGGCCGGCGUCGGCCUGUCGAGCGGCUUCAACAUCCCGGACCUGUUCCCGACGUGGACCACCGUGCUGGCCAAGGUCACCGGCAUGAAGCGCAGCCUCCAUGACAUCCACCGGACGGUGGACUCCAUCCUGCAGGAGAUCAUCGACGAGAGGAAGGCCGUCCUCGAGGAGAAGGUCAGGAGCGGCGCCGGGAACGCCGAGGAGAACCUCGUCGACGUGCUCAUCGGCCUGCAGGAGAAAGGCGGCUUCGGCUUCCACCUCAACAACAGCAGGAUCAAGGCCAUCAUACUGGACAUGUUCGCCGGCGGGACGGGGACGUCGGCGUCGGCGAUGGAGUGGGGGAUGUCGGAGCUGAUGCGGAACCCGGCGGUGAUGAAGAAGCUGCAGGGGCAGAUCCGGGAGGCGUUCCGGGGGGAGGCGGUGGUGACGGAGGCCGACCUGCAGCAGCAGGCCGGCAACCUCCGGUACCUGAAGCUGGUGAUCAAGGAGGCGCUGCGGCUGCACCCGCCGGCGCCGCUGCUGGUGCCGCGGGAGAGCAUCGAGGCGUGCGAGCUGGACGGGUACACGAUCCCGGCAAAGUCCCGUGUCGUCAUCAACGCGUUCGCCAUCGCCCGCGACCCCAGGUACUGGGACGACGCCGAGGAGUUCAAGCCAGAGCGGUUCGAGGCGGGCACCGUCGACUUCACGGGCAGCAGCUACGAGUUCCUGCCGUUCGGGUCCGGCCGGAGGAUGUGCCCCGGCUUCAACUACGGGCUCGCCAGCAUGGAGCUCGCGCUGGUCGGGAUGCUCUACCACUUCGACUGGUCGCUGCCGGAGGGCGUCGAGGAGGUGGACAUGGAGGAGGCGCCCGGCCUCGGCGUGCGCCGCCGCUCGCCGCUGAUGCUGUGCGCCACUCCGUUCGUCCCGGUCGCCGUGUCUACGGAGUAGCCUUCUUACCUUGGCCUAGACAUGCAGGUCGCCGCGGCGCAUGCA